CCUUUUUUUACAUUCACCCCCCUUCUGCCUUCGUCUCCCUCUCUCUCUCUUCUUCUCGCACUCGAGCGUAGACUGCCGCCGGGACAACAGUGACAGAAAAUUUCCGUCCUCCUCUUCCCACAUUCGCCAAGAUGGUUUACCAAGUGAAAGACCAGGAAGAUUUCACUAAGCAGCUUAACGAGGCUGGAAACAAGCUGGUUGUCAUCGACUUCUACGCCACCUGGUGUGGGCCGUGCAAAAUGAUCGCACCUAAGCUGGAGGAGCUGAGUCAGUCUAUGAGCGAUGUCGUUUUCCUGAAGGUGGAUGUGGAUGAAUGUGAAGACAUUGCCCAAGAUAACCAGAUUGCAUGCAUGCCUACUUUUCUUUUCAUGAAGAAUGGCCAGAAGCUUGACAGCUUGUCUGGUGCCAACUAUGAUAAGCUCCUCGAACUCGUUGAGAAGAACAAGUAAACCAUUCCACUGCUCUCUCUGGCACCAAGAGCAUGAAAGAUGGACCAUCUUUGCAAAUUAGAUCUGCUAAUAGUAUUUUGUUUUAGAUUCAUUGUGUGUGAUUAAAGACAAAAAUGGAGCUGUUUUGUUAUUUAUUUUGUCAUAGAUGUUCACUUUUUUCCAAAUUUCUCUGUAAAAGAUGAUAUAGCACCUCUUUAUUGAAAAUUUAUCAUUGUUUUGAUAGAAGGUAGUUUAGGCGGCUAAUUAUUUCAGGUGAAUAUCCAAGAUCUUUUCAUUAUUGCAUUAUAUUUAGUACCAGUGACUGUUUGUGCCUUCCUAUGUAAUGUUGAACUUGGAUUUAUAAGAUUUCAAUAAAGUCUGAAUAUCUACCA